AUGAUAGAUCCUUACUACAAAUUGCGUGCGUCCCUGAAUUACAGGAUUUCUCGAAGCAUGAGCAACGACAUAACCAUGAACGAACUCAGUCUUGAAGAUACUACGAGACGAUGUCGGCCAUACAACUUGGCGAACCGGUACAAAGAGUUGGAGACGGUGGAAUGGCUCGCAGCUAAGGAGGAGCUGGAUUCGAUCCACUACUGCAAGAAAGAAAUCGUUACACAGUACCUUUGUGACGUUUUCGUAAUGGUGGGACAGGCAUCAAACCAAAGCGUAGAGCCCACUGAUAUGCAGAAUGACUUACAGAGGAAAGUCAAGGGCAUUAUCCAAGAACGGUCAGACAAAUGCAACAUUGACGACAUCAUUAAGAGGGUACAAGAAUGCAUGAGUAAGAAGGAAAAAUACCAACCCCACAUUCUGACCACAGUAAUCUGCAGCGGUAACAAGAAGGGUUUAAAAACGUACAUAUCGGAAUGCUGCCGACUUGCCUGGCGAAUGAACGUCCAGACUCCUCCCAUGACAAUCAGCGUUGAAACAGGCAUACCAUUUGAUCCGACUAUUCACGAGCGUGCUUACGACUGUGAGUCCAUUGUAGGCGAUACCGAAAUGAUAGAUUACUACGUUUGGCCCACGUUGUUUGACGCAGAAAAUCAUCUGCCUGUUAGACAAAAAGGCAGGGUGUACACAAAAAGGUCAUUAACUGCCCAAAACUACCUACCACCCUUGAGCUCGGUGUAA